CGGUGUUUCCUCCACCAUGUCAGAAUAUCGAGCCGGCCGCUCAGCUGUUCUCUGCAGCAGGAACCUGUUCCUCAGUCCAGCGCUGUAGUCUUCCCGCCCGGCCUCUGUAUCAGCCGGGGGCCCACUGCACAUGUGCGAGAAGCGUUGCGCUUUGUGAAUGGUCCGGUGUCUUCUAGGACACAUGACAGGUCCCAGAAGGCUCUGGGCCCCUCCCUAAAGGUUCGCAGUCUCCGGUCAUCCCCUGCACUGUGUCCGCAGUCUCCGGUCAUCUCCUGCACCGUGUCCGCAGUCUCCGGUCAUCUCCUGUACCGUGUCCGCAGUCUCCGGUCAUCUCCUGUACCGUGUCCGCAGUCUCCGGUCAUCUCCUGUACCGUGUCCGCAGUCUCCGGUCAUCUCCUGUACCGUGUCCGCAGUCUCCGGUCAUCUCCUGUACUGUCCGCAGUCUCCGGUCAUCUCCUGUACUGUGUCUGCAGUCUCCGGUCAUCUCCUGUACUAUGUCCGCAGUCUCUGGUCAUCUCCUGUACUAUGUCCGCAGUCUCUGAUCAUCUCCUGUACUGUGUCCGCAGUCUCUGGUCAUCUCCUGUACUGUGUCCGCAGUCUCUGGUCAUCUCC